CCCCCUCGCCCAAUCUCCACCACAUGGCUGCAGCCAUGGCCGCGGCCGCCGCCGCCGCCGCUCGACUUCCUCCGGCCGCCCCUCUCCGGACACGCCCCGCCGCAGCCGCUCCGUGCUCUCCCUUCGAAGCCCCCUUCCGCCGGAUGGCGCCGUGGCACCCGCGGCUGGGCACGCGCCUCGUCGUCGUUUCCGCGCAGUCCAACUUCUCCAGAGUUGUUCAAACAGCACUAAAGGUUGGUAGGGAUGCUGUGGAGGCAGGAACUACUCUAGUCCCAGCUUCAGUUCCACGGCCAGUUGCCAGGAUAGGUGUUACCUUUCUUGCUUUAUCAUUUGCCCUUUUUCUUCUGAAAUCAGUUGUCUCCACUGCAUUCUUCGUAUUGGCAAUGAUGGGGCUUAUAUACUUGGGUUUCCUAGCCAUGAACCCAAAAGAGGGCUCUAGGGUGGAUGAAGGAGCCAAUUCAUCUGAAGACCCUGUGGAAGAAGCCCGGCGCAUAAUGGAGAAAUACAAAUAAAUAACUUCAGUAUGUUCAACCUAGUGCGCUUGGAAAGCUAAGAUUGGCAAGAGGAUGUGAGCCAUCAAUUUGUUCAUAGGGUCCUCAUUAUGCGAAGAGAUAGCAUAUGUGAUUUUGGCACAAGAGAGACAUGUUGUAUAGCAACAGAGCUGGUGUACAAUAUAAUAUAACGGUAGUAAUUUGAUUCUGCAGCAGUAUAGUGAGUGCCUGCACAGUUGUAUUAGUUCAACUCAUGGUGCUAUUUGACCUUAUCGUAGAAAUGAUAAUUGAAUUACUCAAAAGAAAUUUGUAGGAACAAAUUGCAUGGUGCAUGUCAGCUGCCGACA